CGAUCUAACCCGGUUGAGCUUGGCGAUUUCAGUUCUCAGUUGAAGCAAGGUGGAGACCCAGCAAAGUUCUCUCUGAAGAAGAAGACUACUCCGUGUAUAUAGUAACAUGAGCAAGCCAGCCAAAAGUGAAAAGUGAUUUGCUCCGAAAGGCAUAAUGGAUAUCCGGGUAUAUGUAUUCGGCGUCUUCUGUGCCGUGAGCGUACCUUUAGCAUGGACACUCGAAGUGAGUUCAAUCACUCCACCCACAAGCCCAACAACCCAGGCCGAUAUCAAUAUCAAUAUCAACAAUAGCAAUAAUAGAAAUGACUUGAGUAGCAACAAUUUUAGCAGUGCUAGUGAUUUAGUACCAAAGAUGGAUACGGGCUGCGAUUGCGAAGCCGUGGAAAUCGUGUCUACCAAAGACACGGUCUUGACCAAACACAAGCUCUUGUUGGGUCGUUAUCUCAAGCAAGAGGAAUUGUUCAAUGACAGGCCUUCCUAUCAACAUUACUCGGGGAAUUUCUACCUCGUGUACAACACUCACUCACAAGGCUUUUGGGCCGUCAGUGAGAAACUCAACACCGACGUGGUUAGACUAGAGAACCAAGGCAACCACGAAUGUCCCUAUCGGAUGAAAUCCUUGUGGCGAUUCGCGGAUGGUGAUCUGAACGCCUUGGUUUACGAUGUCAGCCUCCAAGUGGUGUGUCUAAAGGAUCCGUGUUCCGUGGCCAAUUGUGGUCAACAAGCUCAGUGUCAGCUCGACGGAAACACCACCUCUUGCAUUUGCAACGAGGGCUACUAUGGGAAUCCGUACGUGCGAUGUUAUCCCAUCGAAGCGGACGGUGACUGCAAUUGCCAGCGAUUGAUUUUCUCCACCCAAAAUUCAGUGGCUCUUACUAAACAUCACAACAGUUACGGAGAGUACUUCCUGUACGGCUCCUUCGGAGGAUUUCCCGUGUACCAACAUUUCGCUGGAGUCGAGUACCUCUACUUCAAGGAUGGAAACUGGCUCAUUUCGGACGACAUAGGACUUCGCGAAGCUGGAUUGCAAAACCAAGGCGACAUCUCCAAGUGCCCUUACCAAUUCCGAACCACCUGGGAGUACGCAGAUAUCGAGCAACCGGGAUGGCAGUGGGUUUACGAUUACUCCGCUCGACUGGUGUGUCCGUCGGAUGCUUGCAGUGUCAUUAAAUGUGGUUUUCACGCCACUUGCCAGGUCGAGGGCGAGCAAGUUGGCGGCGGGAUCGGACGAGGGGUGUGCAAAUGUGAUGAGGGCUACGAUGGGAAUCCUUACGGCAGGUGUUUCCCACAAAUCUUCAAUGACAAAUGCAAGUGCAAGGAGCUGGUUCUCUCGAGUUUGGGGGCAUCGGCUCUGGCUCAAGCCGACAAAAUGGGAAGCUACUUCCUCUACGAAUACUUCAAUGGCUUCCCGGCCUAUCAGCACAAAAGUGGGCUCGAUUUCCUGUUCUUUGCAGAGGGCAAUGCUUGGGUGAUUGGAGCCCAAUUUGGAGGAUCCCGGGUGGGAAUCGUCAACUUUGAUCGGAAUAGUUGUCCGUACAAUCUCACAUCAUUCUGGCGUCAUUCCGUGUCAGGGCAAUUGCAAGUGGACGAGAGUCUCACUCUGGAAUGCAAUGAUGAACUAACAUUGGCCUCAUUGGCCUUACCUUCCGUCCCCGAAAUCCAGCAAAUUGUGGGCAAUUCACCCCAAAUAAUCGAAACCUUUGGAUUACUGGACAACAGCCAGCUUUCAACUCCGAGCAGUGCAAUCCCAGUAAACGAGACAACCGUAAUUACUACAAGCCCUACAAGCACAACUCCAGAUCUGGGAAAGUUCAGUCCCAGUGACGAAUUGACGUCCCAGACAGUCAUUGAAUCGACAAUUGCCACAAACACGCUCGAGACCACGGAAUCAACACCAUUGUCGCAAUCAUCCUCUACCUUACGUUCUGCUUUAGAGAGUGAUUAUGAUGAAGGUGAUGACGACUCCUUGGUUCAGACAACCAUUGACACAGCCAGGAUUGAUCUCGAUGAGAAUGAGAACGAAGAAACCACCACUGUGCCAUCCGUGGUAACGGCAGAGCCGUAUUCCCUGAGCUCAAACACAUCCAUCGGGACUCGAUUGUUUACGACGAUUUCCACCACUACAAUCUCGACAACCACGGAGAAGAUAUUUGAUACCACGUGCACUUGCAAAGAAAUCCUCAUCAAUAGCACCAAUGAACCGACCAUUGCUAAGCAUAGCACGCAAUUGGGUCGGUACGAGCUCCACGACGUGAAAUCCGGGCGACCCGUGUACAAACACAAGGAACGCAAUCAAUUUCUGUAUUACCAUCCUUACAGCGGAGGAAAUUGGCUCAUCAACUCCGAAGUGGGUCUGUUAUACGGAGGCAUCCAGAAUUCCAAAGAUUUCCCUAUUUGUCCAUACCUAAUCAACACGGUUUGGCAGUAUGGGGAUAGCGAAUUGGGUGGAUGGGUGUACGAUUCCUCUCUGAGUGUCACGUGUCCAGAGGACCCUUGCUCUGUGCUCAAAUGUGGAUUCCGCGCCCAAUGUCUCACACAGGGCGGCGUUUCCUCAUGCGUUUGCCGAGCGGGCUUCAAUGGCGAUCCCAAUGAUCGAUGCUAUCCUAAUGAGGUCCAGCCAGCUUGUCCCUGUAUGAGGCUCAAAUUGUCCACAGAGGGAGCGGCCAAGGAACACCAACGAGAUAAGAUGGGCGAUUACUUUCUUUGGGGAUAUUACAACGACAAGCCCGUGUUUCAGCACUCAAGCGGUCUGGACUUCUUGUACUUCCACAAGAACAACGUUUGGGGUAUCGGACCAAAAAUCGGCGGCAACAGCGCCGGGCUCUUGAAUUUUGGCAAGCUCUCUUGCCCAUACAAUUUGAGAACCCCUUGGGAGUUUGGAACCAAAGACAAAUCUCUGCGUCGACAAGUGGACGAAAGCAUUCAACUCGAAUGUCUCGACUUUCAGUCGCCAUCUUCGAUUCCACAAGUAGCCCCUCCGUUACGAACUCCUCCUGCAGGUCCGGAUUUGAUCCAGAAGUUGCACAACCCACUUCUCCGCGGUCCUCCUACUAAUGGGUAUCAAACUCCCGCUCUUACAUAUGAUCCCUACCGCCAGCAUCAUCCCCCUUCUCCCGUGUACUCGUCGAUAUCCUCUCGCCGAGCCCAGUUUCCUUUGAAUGCCAAUUUCCCGCCCUUGAUCAAGCCUCGUCGACCGGCGCCAAUACGGAGCAUCGACUCUUGCGGGACUCGGCCAAUUCUUCCGCAGUACUCGUACUACUCAAAGGAUAGCAAUGUCUCGGUCCCCUAUGGCUCGUUCCCUUGGCAUGCUCAGAUCGCCGUGAUGGAACGAGAAGACGACCUGCAGCAUCUUUGUUCGGGAGUGAUUUUAAGCAAGAAGUACGUCCUAACUGCCGCUUCAUGCUUGACCACUCAACCCAUGAUGAAAUAUCGAAUCGUCGUGGGACAGAACAACCUUGGACGAGAUGAUGAUCUCCACGAGAAGAUAUUUCAGAUUCAAUCCAUCUAAAUCCACGAUAAGUACGAUGACGUAUCGGGAGACAACGACAUUGCACUGGUGAAAGUAAAGCACAUUCCUGGCUACGGCAUGAUUCGUUUCAAUGACCACGUGAGUGCCGCUUGUCUUCCUCGUCACGAUUUGACGACGAAUGGCGAUUCACUCUGCGAAAUCUCCUCUUGGAGUGUGAUCGAAGAGGAUCAAAUUCGAUUGGAGGGACGUUUGAAGGGAUCCGACGUGCCCAUCAUUCAGGAUCCGUGCCUGGGAACCAACGACAAGGAUCGAUCUUGGAUUUGCGCUGGCACCAAGCAGAAUCCCAUCGAAUGUUAUUUAGAUAAGGGCACACCUCUAGUUUGUAACAUUGGUCCUCGUCACAGCAUCGUCGGCAUUCUGACCAAAGCCUCCUCUUGCCUCGAAGACACGCCCUUGACUGGCCCAGCUUCGGUGGGUGUGACCAAUAGCUUCAUUCGAAUCAGUCAAUAUAGCGACUGGAUACGGACCCGCUUGGACUUGUAGUAAUUAACACGAUUCGUUUGUUUUGUCAAAGCCUGGAGAAUAAAUCUGAUUUCAA